UUCAAGGUGUUUUUUCCAUUGACAGAAUCUUAUCACUGUUGAAACAUAUUAUGAAAUGUAAAUAUAUAAUCGUGCUAUAAAUACUAUAAAUAGUUUUAGUCAAUUGAAUGUUUUCAUUUAGCGGAACGAACCACUGGUGUCAAAUCGCGAUAUAAUCUGAAGUUUAAUUUUCGAAUUUUGUUUUACAUUUCUUGGGAGAAUUGCGCGAAAUAUGUUGAAGAAUUCAAUAAUUCUGAACAAUGGUGCUAAAAUGCCACUCAUUGGAUUGGGAACUUGGCAAGUUAAUGAACCAUUGGAAUUGAGAAAUGCCAUGAAUGCAGCUUUCGAGAGUGGAUACCGACACUUCGACACAGCUUUUCUUUACAAAAACGAGAACAUAGUUGGAAAAGUUAUCGAAGAAUGGAUAAGGAAAGGUCUAGUCAAGAGAGAAGAAUUGUUCAUAACGACCAAAUUGCCCCUGGCAGGGGUACAUCCGGAUAGAGUCGAAAUGUUCCUGAACAAAUCUCUGCAUAAUUUGGGAUUAGAAUAUGUUGAUUUAUAUCUGGUGCAUUUCCCAGUCUGCGUUAAAUAUCAUGAAACAAUAGACUUUCCAUUAAACGAAGCUGGUGAGCUUCAAGCUGAACCUACAGAUCAUAUAGCAGUUUGGAAGAAAAUGGAGGAAAUGGUCGAACUGGGAAAGACGAGGUCUAUCGGAAUAUCAAAUUUCAACAAAAAUCAAAUCGCAAGGAUCCUUGAAAAAGCGACAAUAAAACCGGCCAAUUUGCAAAUUGAGGCCCAUUUGUAUUUGCAAAAUACUGAGCUUAUUGAGUUUUGUAAAAAACAUGGAAUAUCUGUUGUAGCAUAUUCUCCUCUAGGAUCGCCGGCGAUUAACAUAUUCCAUGAAAAGCAGGGAUAUCCUACGAAAAACCUGCCAAAAAUAAUGGAGGACGAAAAUGUUAUAUCGAUUGCGAAAAAGCAUUCAAAAAGUCCUGCUCAAAUUAUGUUGCGUUUCCUCGUCCAAAAUGGCGUAGCUGCAAUUCCGAAAAGUGUCACGCCGAGUAGGAUAAAAGAAAAUAUAGAUAUUUUCAAUUUCGAGUUGGACAAAAGUGACAUAGCUCUCUUGAAAACACUCGACAAGGGAGAGGCUGGCAGAGUUUGUGACAUGAAUGGAUUCAAAUUAUCUAAUCAUCCUGACUUCCCCUUCAAAUGAAUGCACUUUCUAGAGAAUAUUUGGGUGUAAUAUUUUUUUUUUUCAAAUAUAUGAUGUUUAUUUGCAUAAUAAACUCUUGAUCAGCUCAUAUAGACAUCGUAUUAUUCGUAUCGAACUAAAAAAGUAUUGUACAUCUGCAAUGACUGAUAAUAAAAAGCUAUUUUCAAAGA